UCCCGGUGUGAAAGGAGCUUUAAUCUGGUGAGAUUAACAAUAAAGAUGUCAGCUGUAGCAGGAUUCAGAUCCUUUUAAAGAUAUCAAAUAUAUUUCUUUAAAUCUUCUGAAAUUAAAUCUUCUCACAGGAAGUUUAAACACGUGUUUUAAUGUAAAGACGCCAUAAUGACCUGAUUUAUCUCAGUCAACCAACCGCUGCUCAGCAGGAAGUGAACCACGAUAAACCCCUCCCUCCUCUGCCUGAUAAAGUCGUUUGGUCGUCGUUCGUUUCGUUCACUGACUGAUACAUAUCGUUCAUUCGCUGUGAGUGAAUCCCGAGACUCCGCCCACUCACUCACUGGCUGGUUGUGUGUCGUUCGCCAGAGUCCGCAGUUCCACUCCCGCCCGGCACGCCAGGCUGAGCUCAACUGAACUGAGAAAGGAACGAAUCAGUGAUUCAGUUCACGUCGUUCACUCAGCGGUUCUUUUGAACGAAUCGUUCAUGAACGACACCAACACUACAGCGCCCCCUGCUGCCCAUUAGAAAGGAUGCAGGUCUUGUACUCUAACUCUGUUGUUGUUUGUUUUCAGGUGUUAAUGCUCUGUUCACCUCCACCUGUGAUGACAUCACUGUGACAUCACUGAGGUGCUGAUUUAUCCCCUCCCCCCUCUGACAUGUAGACCCGGGUCUUCGUCUUCUUCAGGGCCUUGAACCACCUGAGGUUGAAGUUCCUCCGUCACAGGAAUCCUGGAGCGUUCAGAGACGAGCAGAUGUUUCAGAGGUCAGCAGGAUCAUCUCUGAGUGACGGGGCGGUUGGAGAGGAACAGCAGGAUGGAGGCGGGUCACUUUGACUCUUCAGCCAUCUUGUCAUCCCCACAACAUCACCCAAAAACUUCACAUCCUGGACAACCCUGAUCACAUGUCACAGCACCCACCAAUCAGAGGACAGGAGCUCAGAGUAAAUGAACCUCAGAAACACUCUGUGGAUAAUCUGCUCAUGUCAACAUGUAAAUCUGGACCUCUGUGAACUCUUCUCUGUCUGAACUCUAUAGACACAUUUCAGCUGAACUUAGAGACAGUUAAAGUGUGAGUCUGUGAGCUGACUUCACUCUCAAAGAUCUUUAUCACUGAGAGGAUUCAGAGUUUUUUCUGCUCUGAUCACCAAUGAAAACAGAAAUCAGCUGUUGAGAAGAGGAGCUGCUCCCUCUGAUAUUAAAACGCCACAAACUAAUUGAUGUCUCUCAUCAUGGGCGCUCAUAAAGGGAGGUGAUGGGCUGAGAGGAGGAGGAGGAGGAGGAGGAGGAGGAGGAGAGCGGGUGGGGCCUGGCUGUGAACACGGAGGCAGACUGUGGUGGUCUCUGACCGGAGACUCUGCUCCUUUUAUUCCGCUCAGAUCGGCCCGCAUGUCUGACCCGGGGGUCCUCCUGCUGCCGGGAGCGAACAGCCCUCAUCCCCCCCCGGAGAUCCGGCAGAUGGACGCGGAGCUGCGGUGAGGAAGGAGGAUGAAAACGGCGUCUGCUCCAUUUUUUGGCUUUUCCGCUCCGAGCCUGUUUCUGGGAGGGAGCAGCAGCAGCAGCAGCAGCAGCAGUGGUCCUGUCGGUGGUCCUGUCGGUGGUCCCGUCGGUGGUUCGGCCCUUUCUUUAUUCUCGGCAGCAGCAGCAGCAGCAGCAGCAGCAGCAGAUCUCCGCGGUUAGCUAUGUGAAGAGCAGACCCCCCACCCCACCCCCCAACACUCUCUCUUCGCGAUCCUGACGAAUAAUUAUGAACAACGCGCAAGAAAUGUCGCCCGAUUUCGUGUUGAUGCGCCUGGUUUCCGCCGCCGAGGAUGACCGCCUGGACGCCGAGAACGGGAACCUGCCGCCGGCCGGAGUGGUGUCAGGGCUGGGGAAGGAGGUCCUGGCUCACAGCGGCGUCAAAGCGGGACUGGAGAUCAGCCGAGACCCGACGGCGGGCCUCGAGCAUCCCAGCAGCCGCCUGAACAAAGCCCAGCAGCCGGGCGGGGAGGGCACGGCGCCCCCUGACACCGGGGGGACGGAGAGCCGAGCCCCGCUGUCUGCGCCCCCUCCGCCGCAGAGCCCCAUGGAGGCCCAGGGCUUCGACUUCGCUCCCAGUCCCGGCCUUCGGCCUCAGCUGCUCGUCUUCUCCAAUCUGAUGCGGAACGGAGACGGGAUCUUAGAACUGGACCGUCUGAGUCCGGGGAGGGAUGCUCUGGGUCUGGAUCCGAGCGCGGGGACCGUCUGCUCCGGUCCGACCGUCAACAACAACAACAGCCGGAGUCCCGGGGACCGACAGCAGGACCGGACAUGGGGGGCUCAUCCUCCGGGCUCCGGACCCGGGGACAUACCGGGAGCCGCGGAGCUGUGCCGCCGGCAUCGCCUCAUCAGCACCCCGCCCGAGUGGCCCCUGCUGACGGAGAGGUCCGAGUCCAAGUGGGGCUGCGCCACCAGGGACCGGGAGGGAGCCGUGUUCGAGCUGGCCCGAAGGUUCGGGGAGCUGGGGGUCGGAGCGGUCCCGAAGAUGCUGCUGAAGGCGGGGGAACUCCCGCAGUGCUCGUGUCAGGGGGCCCACGGUCCGGGAGGAGGGGGGGAGCCCGGGGAUGACCCCACAGAGACCAGCGACGCUCUGUUGGUCCUGGAGGGUCUGGGGAGCGGGGACGUGACGGGCCUGAGUCUGGACGAGUGUCCGGGGGGAGAGACCGAGGACGAGACCGGGCGCAGGGACUUUCUCCUGAACAGGAAGAGGGAGAUAGUCCAGAAGAUGUCCGGGACCUUCUCCAUCAGCAGCUUCCAGGCAGAGCUGAGGCGGCAGGUGGAGGUCAUGACCCCUGCGGUGGCGGCGGGGGGCGCACAGGUGUGCGGCCUCCACGGGACCCUCUCCUCUCAGCUCUCACAGGUAAGCCCCGGGGACGCAGAGGUCGGCGCCCGGGUUUCAACCGUGUCACCUGCACCCACGCCGGCCCAGAGCACACCUGGGGCGACCACCCCCGACCUGAGCCAGGCGUCUACGCCCAGGAGACGACCGGAGCGCUGCGCCAGCGCGCCACGGACCCCGACAGGCUGGGACAAGACUCUGAAAGUACCCGGGAAGUCCAAAAAGGGUCUAAAGAUCCGCCUGAGUAAACUGUUCCGGACUAAAAGCUGCAGCGGCUCCAACCACCUGCUGGACAAGAGGCCCUCAGUGACCUCCUCCGUGUCCUCCUCAGCGGGGAGUCUGCUGGACAUGGCGAGCAGCGCUGGAGCUGAGCAGGACGCAGACAGGUGAGCCACAAACACACCUGAGGGGCCCGGGCACGGGGGUCAGGGGGUCAGGGGGUCAGGACCUCUUUACUGUGACAGCAGCUGGAUCAUAGGGGAGGGCGGGGUCAGAUCAGUCCUGGUUUAGUCUGGAACUCUCUGAUGUGUCUCUGAUGUUGUUGUAAACUGACCCGUGGUCUUGAUAAUGUAGGGGGGCUAAACUCAGACCACCCCCCCGUAGACCGACCCCCCAGACUGACAUCUGGACUUUAUUCUCCUUUAAACUAAAACUUAGUUCAUCUGUCAAACUUUAUCUUUGAUUUCCUUCUUUCCUCCUGAAUCUCGACUUUCAAACGUUUUUCUCUGUUUUCUUCCUUCUUCUUCGUCUCUCAGGUUUUUGUUUUUCACUCUUAGAGUUAAAGAGUUUAUAUCAGUUUUAUCUUCUGCUCCAAACUUCUUCCUCUUUUCUCACUAAAAUCCAGAAUUUAAUGGUUUCUGUUCUCAGCUCUUUGAAACUUCAUUUUCGUCUCAUUAUAAUUGAACAGAUUUUAUAUUUUGAUCAUAUUCUCACUUCAGUUCAUUUACUUUACUUUAUUAUUUUAUUACUUUAUUAUUUUACUUCAUGAACGACAUGAACUGAAUCACUGAGACCGAGAUAAGUGUGACAACAGGCCCCGGUCUCCCCUAAUUGAGCUCCUCCCGAGUGUCCGAGCUCCUUCCCCUAUCUCUAAGGCUGAGCCCGGACACCCUGAGGAGGAAACCCAUUUCAGCCGCUUGUAUCUGCGAUCUUGUUCUUUCGCUCAUUACCCAAAGUUCAUGACCAUAGGUGAGGAUCGGCACGUAGAUCGACCGGUAAAUCCAGAGUCUCUCCUUACGGCUCAGCUCUUUCUUCACCACCACUGAUCGGUUAAACGUCCGCAUCACUGCUGACGCCGCUCUGAUCCGCCUGUCGAUCUCCUGCUCCAUCCUACCCUCACUCCUGAACAAGAUCCUGAGAUACUUGAACUCCUCCUCCUGAGACAGGACCGCCCCUCCGACCUGGAGAAGGUGAUCUACCUUUUUCAGACUGAGGACCAUGACCUCGGACUUGGAGGUUCUGAUUCUCAUCCCAGCCGUGAACCGCCCCAGCAAGAGAUGAAGCUAGAGGAACCACAUCAUCCACAAAAAGCAGCAACGUGAUCCUCCGCCUGCUGAACUGGACCCCCUCCACCCCCGACUGCACCUAGAAACUCUGUCCAUAAAGGUUCUGAACAGAACCGGAGACAAAGGGCAGCCCUGGAGGAGUCCAACUCUCUCUGGAAACGAGUCCGACUCACAGCCGAGGACACGGUCUGUGUAGUCGGCUGUGAGUGGAGACCUCGGUCUGAGAGGAGAGUGAAUCUUCAGGACUAGAGUUUGAGUUUUCGUGUGGAUGUUCAGUUUUUAAAGUCUGGAGUCUCCUGAGCGCAGAGGUCAGAGACAAAGUGAAGAACAUCAUUGUUGUUUUUCUCCAUGAUGUCGGUCAGGAGGAGACGAGGAGGAGGAAGUCAUGCAGAAACCCUCAGACGGGCCUGAUGGGCAGGAAACAUUCAAUAUUUGAAGAGCGGCGACACAUUUUCACUCCGAGUCCAGACGAGUUCAUCUCUCUUUGUUUUCAGUCACUGAUCCAGUUUUUUUUUUAGUCUCUACAUCGAAACUCUGAAGUUGGAGCUGAAGACGCUCAAAUCUCUGACUCUGCGUCUGUGAAGACGUAGAAUCGGAGUCAAAGCUUUGUUUGGUGUCCCGCUCUGUGUCAGUGUUUAGUCAGUAUUCACAGAAGAAGAAGAAGAAGAAGAAGACGUGUGAUUCAAAAAACAUCUCUGCACAAGUCUGAGCGAAGAGUGAAGAGCAUCAAACAGAAGAAGGAAAGACUGCAGGACAAACGAGAAACACUGAAAAGUUCAUUCUCUGAAACUCUGCCGCUGCUAACAGCUUCUCCUUCUCUCCUUCUCCUUCUCUUUCUUCUCCUCCUUCUCCUCCUUCUUCUUCUUCUCCUUCUUCUUCUUCUUCAUGUGUUUCCUGCAGCCACAGUCAGCCCAGACUGACCCGGGCCCACAGUGCCUUCUCCCCCGCCUCCCUCUCUGCCUCCCUCUCUGCUUUCACGGGUAAGACUCGCUCUUUUCUUUCUUGUUUCUCUGUUUUCUCUCCAUCCAGCUCUCACACACGCACACACACACACACAGACACACACACACGCACACACACACACACACGGGUUAUUUUAGUGGUUAAUGUUCAAUAGAGGAAUAAGAAUCAGCUGAUUUUUUCUCAGACGGUCUCUAAAGUCUGAAGUCCGUUUUCAGGUGGUCCAGUUUUAUCGGGACCCCUGUGGACCCUCACAGUGAGUCCUGGAUUGUUGUCCUGCUUGUUGUUUUGGCCCCCCUCUAUCGUGGUCGAUCAGCUGAUCAGCAGAGCGGCGUUACAGUGACCCUUAUUUUUUCGGUUUGUCGAUUAUUUGUCAGUUAUUUUUCGGUUAUUUUUUGUUUAUUUUUUGGUUUAUUUUCGAUUGUUUUUUCAGUUGUUUUUCUGUUAUUUUUCGUUUGUUUUUCAGUCGUUUUUUUUUGUUCGAUUGUUUUUUUUUAGGAUUUUUUUUCAGUUAUUUUUCUGUUAUUUUUUGAAUGUUUUUCGGUUGUUUUUUUUCGCUUGUUUUUUUCGCUUGUUUUUCUUUUUUUUUCGUUCGUUUUUAAGUUGUUUUUUAGUUGUUUUUUAGUUGUUUUUUUUCGGUUGUUUUUUUUAAUGUUUUUGUUUGUUUUUCGUUUGUUUUUCGGUUGUUGACUGAUCUCUAACUCUGCGAGGGGUUAAUAACCCGUCAGAGGUAACGUUGUCCGAUCAGCUGAUGUCUCACAGGGUGACCAGCAGGGGGGGUUGUGGAUGUUUCAGACACCCUGAAGUUCUGCACACAGCGUGUUGGUGUUUCACUCUGAGCAGAUAAAUGAACAUGUUCAGAUCGGAGGACAGAUCUGAAACUGCUCCAUCCGCCCUGGUCUGCUGUUGGGGAGGUGGUGGUGGUGGUGGGGAUUUGGCUCCAGUGUUUGAGUUUGUUUCUUCCCCGACUGCAGACCAUGACUUUGGUAAACAGAGAAUCUGCAGAAUCUCACUGAGCGGCGCUGGGAUGUUCGUCUUUAUCACAGUGAUUUCUUCUGAUUAACUGGGUGUAAUUUUCCAUAAACGUCCUGCUGCAGCGUCCAUGUCUCACUGUGCUGAACAGACACACACACACACAGACACACAGACACACACACACACACAGACACACACAGACACACACACACUCACACACACACACACACACACACACACUCAGAGUUUUCCCUCUUUUUUCACUUUCCUCUGUUUCUUCUCUGGCUGCAGGUGAGACCGUUUCCCUGGUGGAUGUGGACAUUUCACGGAGAGGGACGAACACGCCACAUCCUCCCACGCCUCCUCCUCCUCCACGAAGAAGUCUCAGUUUGUUAGGUACUCCUCUGUCCUCAGUCCUCAGUCCUCUGUCCUCAGUCCUCAGUCCUCUGUCCUCUGUCCUCUGUCCUCUGUCCUCAGUCCUGUCCUCAGUCCUCUGUCCUCAGUCCUCUGUCCUCUGUCCUCAGUCCUCAGUCCUCUGUCCUCUGUCCUCAGUCCUGUCCUCAGUCCUCUGUCCUCAGUCCUCUGUCCUCUGUCCUCUGUCCUCUGUCCUCUGUCCUCAGUCCUCUGUCCUCAGUCCUGUCCUCUGUCCUCAGUCCUCUGUCCUCUGUCCUCUGUCCUCUGUCCUCAGUCCUCAGUCCUCUGUCCUCAGUCCUCUGUCCUCAGUCCUCUGUCCUCUGUCCUCAGUCCUCAGUCCUCUGUCCUCUGUCCUCAGUCCUCUGUCCUCAGUCCUCAGUCCUCUGUCCUCAGUCCUCUGUCCUCAGUCAAAUACCACAGUACUACGAUCUAAAGCUGUUGAUCAGAGAACAUCACAGGACAUCACGCUGCAGUACUGACCAAUCAAACAUGAGACCAAACUGUUCAAACUCAACGAUCCAUCAGGACACAAACUUCACUUUAAUAUAAAGUGUUUCCAUCAUCUCUCUGAAAACGAUGUAGUUCAUAUGCCAGGCCAGUAGGUGGCGCUGUAACGCUUCACAGGAAAUGCACCAAAGACAGAAGAAGAGUACAGAGCAUGUGGAUAAAGGUUGUUUUGGGUUUUUUUAUUCGCACAUGUGACCCUAAAUAUAUUUGAGAAUUCACACACGUCUAUUUUAGUCGCAGUGAAACAGUCAAACUGAGGAGACCUGAUCCAGGACUAUAAUUCAGCAUUUACAACAUAAGAGAGCCUGAUCCUGUCAGGACAUUAGAGUUCACUCUGAUGGUUCAUAAUAUGAUGUCAAAUAAUGUGCUUUAAUAUAAUUUCUUAUGAUUCAUUAUAAAAGAAAAUGAAAUGAUAAUAAACUAAAACGGUACAAUAAUGAAGUUAUGAGAUGAUAUAUGAGAUGAAGGCGAUGAAGGAGGAGUCUUGUCUCUAAGAAGACCUCCUCCUCCUCCUCUUCCUCAGUGACGCUCUGCUCUUCGUCUCUGUGAAAAACCUUCUUAUAAAUUCAGACUUUGUGUGGCUCCAGUUUUUAAGCUGCUUUCAGCUGAUUUUGAGGUCACCUGAAAAACUGCAGAUUAUUCUGUCAGAGACAAAAAUACUUUCAUCUUUUUCCUGGAAAAACAGUCCGAGCUGCUGAGUUCGACUUUACUCCUGCUGCUUCAGAAACACUGAAAACAAACGUCAGAGUCUGACCUCGAUCACACGCCUGAAGAAGAAGAAGAAGAAACUCCUGCAGUUCUUUCUCUGACCUGCAGGGGUUUCAAAGGGGGGACAUGUGUUAGUGGUCCUGACCAGAGACCGUAUCUAGAACAGACGCCGUCUGCCUCCUCUCUCUGAGAACAGCGCCCUCUGGUGACGGGCUGCAGUAUAGGUCCUAAACCCCGCCUCCUUAUGGAGCUGUGGACAAACUUUCUAAAUGAAUGACACAGAAUAUAAAUGUUUCUCCCCCCUGGUUGUGAUGUUGACAUGUAGUUACUGUCAGACUGGUUUGUGCUCAAGUCCUCUUUUUUCUGUACAGCUCCAUUUUUAAAAGUUAUUAGGGGGUUCAUGUUUUCUAUGAUUGACACCUGAUACAGCCAAUGGGAGGACAGAGAUUGAGUAGCUCAGUGGAGGAUAUAUGACGACCUUCACUUCAACACGUCUGCAUGAAACAAAAACCCAAUAAUGUCUGGAUGACCGUGUAAAAACCCAGAACCGGGUUUUUGUGGUCCCCCUGCAUGCUCUGUUGGCCUGUCCCGUUUAUGACUGAUUUUUUUUACACUCCAUUUAUUUCAUCGUUGGUAAAAAAAUUAGUGUCAGAAAUUAAACGCAUGCUUCAAAUUCUAUAGUUUCUAAAUUCAAAGUCUGAUUUUGAUGCAAAAAUAUUCAGCUGUAGAAUUUCAGAAUCAGAAUCAGAAUCAUAUGGCACUGAUUGACUUCCAUACCCCCCAGCUGCAGCUGCAGAGCUGAUCUAGUUUAGACUCUAGUUUAGACUCUAGUGUAAACUCUAGUUUAGACUCUAGUUUAGACUCUAGUUUAGACUCUAGUGUAAACUCUAGUUUAGACUCUAGUUUAGACUCUAGUGUAAACUCUAGUUUAGACUCUAGUUUAGACUCUAGUUUAGACUCUAGUGUAAACUCUAGUUUAGACUCUAGUUUAGACUCUAGUGUAAACUCUAGUUUAGACUCUAGUUUAGACUCUAGUGUAAACUCUAGUUUAGACUCUAGUUUAGACUCUAGUUUAGACUCUAGUUUAGACUCUAGUUUAGACUCUAGUUUAGACUCUAGUUUAGACUCUAGUGUAAACUCUAGUUUAGACUCUAGUGUAAACUCUAGUUUAGACUCUAGUUAAGACUCUAGUUUAGACUCUAGUGUAAACUCUAGUUUAGACUCUAGUUUAGACUCUAGUUUAGACUCUAGUGUAAACUCUAGUUUAGACUCUAGUUUAGACUCUAGUUUAGACUCUAGUUUAGACUCUAGUGUAAACUCUAGUUUAGACUCUAGUGUAAACUCUAGUUUAGACUCUAGUUAAGACUCUAGUUUAGACUCUAGUGUAAACUCUAGUUUAGACUCUAGUUUAGAUUCUAGUUUAGACUCUAGUGUCGACUGGAUUUCAGACUUUUUUGUUUUUAAAUCAAAGUUUGAAGUUUCGUCCCAAACGGACCGUCUGCAGCUGCUCUCACCUAACACUCGCUCAGGACUCGAAAAAGUCGCUUCCUCCUUCCUUUCCUCCCUCCUUCAACUCCUCCUUUCUUCUUUUAUGUUGACACUUUCUUCCUUUCCUCCCUUCCCUCCUUGCUCUCCUCUCCUCCUUCCUCUCCUCCCUCCAGAUGACAUAGCCGGGCCUCAGCCUGGUCCUUUCCUAGUGAGUGUUAUGGGCGCCUCCCUGCAGUCCCUCCCCCUGCCUCUCCCUCCUCCUCCUCCUCCCUCCCACGCCACCAUCCAGCACAGUAUCAGCCUCAAUGGUAAGACAGUCGGGACUUUUGGCACCAAACAAACGUGAACGUUGCUGAGAGGGUCUUUAAAUUAAAGCUGUUUGUGAUUGGUGGAAACUGAAAUGAUGAUAAUUCGGCGCUCAGACUGUAGUCGGUCGCCAUAUUGGAAAUGCUGACCCCAACUCACCUCCAUCUUAUCUUGAAUUUGUCAAAGAGACAGAGCGGAGUAAAGCUGGAGUCUGAAAACUCCUUAAUUGAAGGUGAAUCUGCUGUAAACGGUCAUUAGAGUCACUGUGAACUUCCUUUAUUUCUGA